UCCGAAGAAAGAAAGGCUAGUUUCCAAUACUGAAACGACAGCGACGAUGAUAUCGGAUCUUCCAAGGGACAUUGCAGAGGAGGUGCUCUCAAGGCUUCCUAUGACAUCUCUGCGAGGAGUGAGAUUGACGUGCAAAAGUUGGAACACUUUAUCAAAAAAUCAAAGCUUUACAAAAAGGUCCAUCGGUGAAGCAAAGCAGAAGCAGAGGAAGGAGUUUCAGGUGGUGAUGAUGCUCGAAUACAAGGUCCACUUGAUGAGCGUCAAUCUCCUCAAUCCAUCUAUCGAGCGUAUAGGUAAACUCGUUAGCCUAGACGAAGUCGUGGACAUAUCUAACAUCUUUCACUGCGAUGGUUUGCUGUUAUGCGUCACCAAAGACAGAACAAGGCUUGUUGUUUGGAACCCUUUCAAUGGACAAACAAGGUGGAUCCAACCCAGAGAUACUUACCACAUACAUGACAGGUACGCUCUCGGAUACGAGAAGAAGACCGAGUACUCGCCCCGUAACCACAAAGUCUUGAGAUUUGUGGUUGAUUACAUCUCAGUGCGCCGAGUAUGUGAGUUUGAAAUAUUUAGUUUAGACUCUAACGCUUGGAAGGUUGUUGAUGUGAAUCCAGACUUUGUUAUACAGCAUUUUUACCGUGGCUUGUCUCUCAAGGGCAAUACUUACUGGUUUGCCUCAGAGAAGCUUCCAUUUCCAUAUAGUUAUGCAGGAACACUCGUUUUACUCUGUUUCGACGUUACAACAGAGAGUUUUGGACCGCCUCUGUUUUUGCCGUUUGAUGGUUAUUAUGGAGAUACAGUGACUCUAUCUAGUGUUAGAGAAGAGCAGCUUGCUGUGUUGUUUCAGAAAUCUGGUGCAGGUACAUUCAACUUGAAGAUUUGGAUUAGUAGCAAGGUUGACCCCAAUGGAGUGUCGUGGAACAAGGUGUUCUUAGCAGUUGAUAUGCAACCAUUAACGGGUUUUCUGUUUCUGCAUCACACUGGGAGUUUCUUUGUUGACGAGAAGAAGAAGGUUGUUGUGGUUAUUGAUAGGACUAGAGCUACUUCUUGCCCCACUCCUCGUAACAUGGCUUACAUCAUUGGCGAAAAUGGAUACUUCAAAACAGUGGAUCUCGGAGGUGUUGCAAAUGGAGAUUGUUGGCCACUUUUGUGCGCUUAUGUUCCAAGCUCGGUGAGAAUCAACCAAGCUGCACCACCAGACAACCAACGGAACAUACCAUCCUAAUCUAUGUUGUCAAUGUUGUGUCUAGUUACUGUUUUUUUUUGUCAUUUUUGAUUAGUAAUUGUUGCUUUUCUAGUGACUAAUUAGUUUAGUUAACUAGUUAAACAAGAGCAACGAUUACGUGAUCACAUUCUCCUUGUAAGAUAAUGCAUAAAAGUGAAGAAAUCGAAACCCAAAAAAAU